AUGACAGUACCUGUUCUGCGAGUGUUCGUGCCCCGCACGCGAGAUGAGGCGGUCGCUGACAGCACCCCGCGGUAUAUGAUGUCAGUGGGGGGUGGAGGACGUGAGCACAACGUGACCGGCUUCGUGGGUGGCUCGGCCGUGCUACCGUGCGAGGUGGACGAGGCGAGCUGCGGCCGAGUCUACUUCAUCACCUGGACCAAGAACGUGUCCCAGGACUGGCAGCGAGUGUACCUGUUCUCCGAGACGGUGAACCGCGUGAUGGGCCCGCUGAGCGAGCCGCACCGCGCCACCUUUCAGCCGGGCAACGCGUCCGCCCACUUGCGCAUCCAGCCACUCAGCGUCGAGGACGAAGGCACGUACAAGUGUGACGUCACCUACGUCCAAGGAAAGUGCCCCUCCUUGUCCUUCACCAGGCUACAAACGCUCGUCACGCCUAAAGAGCCGGUGAUCAAGAUGGACGGCCGCCGGCUGACCAAUGGCUCUUUGUUAGGACCCUACUUGGAGGGUACCACUGUGGUGCUCGACUGUUUCUCGUCAGGAGGGCGACCAGCGCCGCAGGUGCUGUGGCGCAACGCAUCCGCCCAGCUGCCCGUAAAGACGUCCGUAACGCCCCAUUUGCGCGGAAUUCACGAUGUCACGUCGACGGCACGUUUCGUGCUUUCACGCUGGGACCUGGGCGCCCGGUUAGAGUGCGUCGUGAUCACCAAGGCCACGCCCGCUCCGGUCGUCAAAUGGGUCCAGCUAGACGUGCACGUACGGCCCCUUGCCCUACGGCUACGUGGUCCCAAUCACCCGGUCGUGGCUGGCGAGAUGGUGUCGCUCACGUGCAUCGUGGAGGGUGCCAGGCCGGCAGCAAACAUAACGUGGUACAACCGGUCUGAACUGGUGCGCCCACAGCCACCGGCUGCAGAGGACCUCAUGAGUGACGGAACGUACCGCACCGCAAGCACACUGGUGUUUGUGGCCAGCCUUUAUGACCACCAAGCAGAGUUCUUCUGCAAAGGAACCAAUCAGGUGCUCAAAAACAGAACAGAAGCACCACUUCUUCAGGCCGUCCGACUAGAAGUUCUAUACCCACCAGCUGUGCGCGUGUUGCCGGCCGAGGGCGUGAACGUGACCGAGUGGCACGCGUGCAACCUUACUUGCCACUACGACGCGAACCCUCCUAACGCGACCGAGGUGGCGUGGUACAAGAACGGAGAGCUGCUUCCGCCCAAGACCAGGGGACACCGGCUGCUGCCCAAGACAGUGCUGCUAAUACGGAACGCGACGCGCAAGGACGCCGGUGUAUACAGUUGCCACGUGAAGAACGCGUUCGGACGAGGAAACGCCUCAAACUCCGUAUACCUGGACGUUUUCUAUACCCCGUUGGUGAGUGUCUGGGUGAAUCCGUCGGUGGUGGCGCUUGGCGAGGGCCCCGUGCUGCUUCGCUGUGAGGCCGAGUCCGGUAACCCGCAGCAGCUGCGUCGGGUACGCUGGUACCGCAACGGCAAGCUAGUCAACGAGACCAAAGAGCCUGACCUGCUGCUCGAGGAACUGCGGCGAUCUGCCACAGGCAACUACAGCUGCGAGGCAAAGAACGAUGCCGGAUGGAGCCCCAUGUCUCCUCACAAGUCUCUCGUCGUCAUGUAUCCCCCGGGCCCUGCGAUCUUGGUUCCCGAGAGCGGGGCCCUGCCCCCGCUGAAAGGGCAGCGCGUGACGAUGCGCUGCCACGUCAACGACACGGGAUUGCCGCCCAGCGUGGCGUUUCGUUGGGAACACGGGGGCGUGCCGCUGAACGUGACCGGAGCGACGCUGGUCACCGAACCCGUGACCACUGCCACGCAGGGAAACUACUCGUGCGCCGCGGUCAACCAGGUCGGCGUAGGCGCGCUGGCUUUCUGGAUACUCGACGCCCAAGCUCCGCCGUCGUUCCUACGCUCUUUACCGGCCACGGGAGGCAGCCUUCGCAACGCGACCGCCGUAUCGCUCGAAUGCGUGGUCGAGUGCGAUCCGGCGUGCGAGGUGCGGUGGCUGCGCAACAACGAGACCCUCGACGAGUCGCCCUUCUUCCACGCCAGCCAGGCCGUGAGACCCGAAGGCGGCGGACACUUCCACUCGGUCGCCUCGAUUCUCUCGUGGAACAUGAGCCAGCUGCCGCCUUCCUCGUUCGACUACAACACCUUCACCUGCCAGAGUAGCGAGAACGACGUCGGGCCCGGAGUCUCUAGCACCAUGCUCUUUCGCGUAGAAUAUCCUCCGGAGAAGCUGCAGGUGUCGGUGGUGCAGCUCGACCUCUCGGAAGGCGAAGUACCGCCACGCGAGGUGAGCUGCUCGGCGUCGGCACACCCAACCGCCGAGUACCAGUGGCGGCUGGGCGCGCUCACCGUCUCGCGCGGCCCCACGCUGCUGUUCAACGCGACCGCUUCGAGGGAGAUGGCCGGAAACUACACCUGCGUGGUCAGCAACCGCCACGGACGAGCCAUGGCCGCCACACUCGUCACCGUCAGGCACCGCCCGAAUUGUGCCGUGGUGAAGGAACACGACUCAUCAGGCAACGUGGUGCUUCGCUGCGAUGCCCAAGCGGUGCCUCCCGUUGUCGCGUUUAUCUGGCUGCGGAACAAUCGCACCGUGCAGGAAGACCGGGGACCACGCAGUACCUUAGUGGUGCCCGACCGAACCUCAUUCGGCGCCUACUCCUGCGUAGCCAGCAACGCUGUCGGACACUCCGGGCCCUGCCAGCUGAAACUCACUAAGCUCCCCAGUCCGGCUGGCUGGGCACAGCUUCUGCUGAAAGAGGAGAACCUCAUCAUCAUGGCGGGCAUCGCCGGUGGCGUGGUCAUCAUCAUCGUUCUACUCAUCGUUAUUAUUAGCAUCGUUGUUAUCCGAAAGCGCAUUCAGUCGAACACAAAACCACGUCUUGAUGAGCGUGAAAAAGCUAUUGUGGAGAUUGGCCACGGCAGCCCCCAAGGAAAGCUCUCUUUGUUGGCUGACAUGAAACGCGGCGGUAGUCCGCUUUUCGAAGAAGACUACGACAGCGAAGAUGGGCACCGGUCAGCGACGCGGCUUGUCCGGCGUGGAACGCUGGAGCUCGGCUGAAGCCCGCGCACCACCAAGAGAUCCACGCGCAGACCAUCCAUCACACGACGAUAAAGUGAGGGGCGCAC